AUGUUAAUGCCUCGUAUUUGCAUCUUUGGUCGUCUCUCCCUGAUAGGCGGCAGCGGAGAGGGUUUAAAAUCCAUCAUGGCGCUCGUCCUUAGUAUUUUCUUCUGGCUGUUAUUUGUUUUGGAUGUUUCUGAACAGGUUUGGAAAGUAAGCGCUGUUGAGGAAAUCUCCCGUUCUUGCUACAAACCAGUCCAGUUCAGCAGACCCGCGUUUAUAAGAACAUAUCCCAGACCUCAUGAGUAUUUGAACAUCACUGAGCUCCCUGCUUCCUGGGACUGGCGUAACGUUGAUGGGAUGAACUAUGUGAGUGUGACGCGCAAUCAGCAUAUCCCUCAGUACUGUGGCUCCUGCUGGGCCAUGGGCUCCACCAGUGCCUUGGCAGAUCGUAUAAACAUCAAAAGGAAAGGGGCGUGGCCAUCAGCAUACCUGUCCGUCCAGAACGUAAUUGACUGUGGAGGGUCAGGGUCUUGUUUUGGAGGUGAUCACUUGGGUGUGUAUGCUUACGCACAUGACAAGGGCAUUCCAGAUGAAACCUGCAACAAUUAUCAAGCCAGAAAUCAAAAGUGUGAUCUGUUUAACCAGUGUGGCACCUGCUCAUUCUUUGGAUCCUGUUCUGUUGUGAAGAACUACACUUUGUGGAAAGUUGGAGACUACGGUGAGGUUUCAGGACGAGACCAGAUGAAAGCUGAGAUCUACAAAAAUGGCCCAAUAAGCUGUGGAAUCAUGGCAACUAAAGGUCUUGAGGCAUAUGAGGGAGGUGUGUUUGCAGAGUUUCAUGUCAUCUCACUCAUGAACCACAUCGUAUCUGUGGCGGGCUGGGGCGUCACUCAUGAUGGAGCAGAGUACUGGAUAGUCAGGAAUUCCUGGGGCGAGUUUUGGGGUGAGGCAGGCUGGGCCCGGAUAGUCACCAGCGCGUAUAAAGAGGGUAAAGGGAACUGGUACAAUCUUGCCAUUGAGAAAGCCUGUGCAUAUGGAGACCCCAUAGUGGCCUAGAGGAAGAGAAACUGUUAGAGCAGCUCUGUCCACAUGUACAGAGUGGAAUCCAACUGAGAGCAGCAUUUACUACAGACCUUAUAAAAGUGUUCUGGGAUGGUGUUAGUAAUGGAAUUCAUUUUUUGUGACAUAAAAUGCAUUAACAUACAUUUGCUGUCAUAGUGCUCUCUAAACCCUGCAAUUCUAUCACAAUACUGUUUGUCUAUGGAUUAUUAUUGUAUACUAAUAGUAAAUGAUUUGCUUUUAAUUAAAACAUAGACCAUGUGCUUUGUUUUAAAUUAUUAUUUUAUGUGUAUUUUACACUUGCAUAUUUUCCUUAAAUAAGUUCGACACAGUAACAGAACUACUACAAACAUUGUUGCGUUGCAUAAGUAUUUACCCCCUUGAACUUUACUGUAUUCUGGAAGUGGAGUGGAUUUGCCUGGGAUUAUAUGUCAUGAAUUUAGAAAAAUAACCAAUAAUACUGAAGUGGUGGGAAAAGUUAAUAGUUUGCUUUAUUAUUUAUUACAAUUGCUGCACUAUUUUGUGUAGGUUCAUGAUGUUGAAUCCAUUUAAUUUCCAGGUUGUGACACUGCAAAAUGUAGAAAAGUUCGAGGAGUCAGUCUUAAGUUGUUGUUUUGUACAAAAUAAAGUAUUUUUGUAUUAUGUGU